UCUACGCGCAUGCGCAUAACUAACUACAGCCGAAACUUGUUCGAGUUUGUAAAGGAAGCUAUCAGCUAUUUAGAUAGAUUUUGUAUGCGUAACGAAAUGGUUAGGCGUUAGUGUUGACUAGAAAAUAUAGUAACGUUAAAUUAGACAAGAUAGCAAUUUCUUAUGAGAAAGAGGAUGCGUUGGAUAGGUAAUUUCGAAACACGAUUACUGUGUUUUCUGAAAAGCUAACGUUAGCGUUAGCAAGCUAACGUUGCUGUUAGGCUAGUACAUCCAUCGGAUUAUUUCAAUUUAAGCGAUGGCUUUUCAGCUGACACAGCAACUUGGAUAACGUUACAUAUCAUAUAUACGCAAAUUAGGCACUAGGAUAAAUAUGUAUUUCGUUAUCUCGGCUAAAUCAGCUGGAAUAAACAGUUUUGAAAAAACGGUGGAUGUUUCUGGGCCCUGGUAAUGCGAACCGACCACUCAAUUCAUCUGCACGACCAGCGUUAGCCGAAGUAUAGACGUUAGCUAGAAAAAAGUCCACUAAGUAAACAACCUACCGAAUCGGCGCUAUAAGGACAAAAUAUCAACCGUGGAUUUGCUGACUGACACAUUCCUAAAUAAUAUCUGAAGCAUGGUUGUUAUGCUGAUGUCGAAAGAACAGGGAACACUGAUGGCUGGAUAUAGGCAUCGAAUGUUCCUCUAGAAAAGCCAUGGGUAGCUGCUGUAGCUGUCCCGAUAAAGAGUCAAUACCUGAUAAUCACCAAAGUAAAUUCAAGGUGGUCAAUGUUGACGAUGAUGGAAAUGAGUUGGGUGCUGGCAUCAUGGAGCUGACCGACGUGGAGCUGGUGCUACGCACCCGCAAGUGUGAGGCUGUCAAGUGGCCCUACCUGUGCUUGCGUCGCUAUGGCUACGACUCCAACCUCUUCUCCUUCGAGAGUGGCCGACGCUGCCAGACUGGACAAGGGAUCUUCGCCUUCAAGUGUGCCCGGGCCGAGGAGAUCUUCAACAUGCUGCAGGAGAUCAUGCACAGCAACAGCAUCAGCGUGGUGGAGGAGCCGGUGUUCGAGCCCAACCACACGCAGCCAGAGCUGGACCAGACCCAAGCUCCGCGCACCCCCACCACUCCAGGGAACUCUCUUCCCAUGUUACCCAAUGGCAGCUUGCGGUACCCGUCUCUAGGUGAUGCCUCGUCGCACCCCUCCAGCCGGCACCCGUCUGUGGGCAGCACACGUCUACCCUCAGUGGGCGAAGAGUCCACUCACCCGCUCCUGGCACCGGACGAGGCCUCACGGGCCCAUACGUAUGUGAACACUACAGGACUCCUGGAUGAGCCCUCCAGCCCUGGCGUGGGGACCACCCCUGUGGAGACGACCUGCCCGUUUCUGGAAGGCCAGCCGGAGGACGUGCCGCCAGACCCUGGGCCUCGCGUGCAGCUGGAGCCUGAGAGCGUGAGGUUUGUGCUGGGCCCCACGCCAGUGCAGCGACGGCAGCAGCAGCAGCAGCAGCACGAGGACCCGCCCAGCGAGGACCAACCUCCCAGCUCCAACGGAGGUCAAUGCGUGGGGUCGGCAGCGACCAGGGAGAGCAGCCGAUCAGAGGCAGAGACACCCACACCCGCUCCACGAGAGCCGGAGCCCCCUAGUAACGGCAACACAACGGCAGCGGCAGCCUCGACUUCGUCUUCUCACCCUCGGCGCCACCGCCACAGGCCGCCCCCCCUCACCCCGGACCCAGUCAACGUCAACAACUCGGCCCUGCGCCGGACGGCCCUGCUGGACUACGAGAACCUGCCUGCGCUGCCGCCGCUGCGCGAGGUGCCCCGCACCGGCUCGGAGGAGGAGGAAGAGGACGACGAGGAAGAGGACGAAGAGCAGCCCAAGACGCCCUCGCUGAACGGCUUCCACCACCCCCACCACCACCACCAUCAUCAUCAUCAUCAUCCCCACCCCCACCACUACCAGCAGGUACGCCAGCACAGCCCCGACCCUACGCACUACUACAUCAACACGGAGAACGUGACGGCGCCCCUCAGCGCCCGGCUCCCCGAGUCGGCCCGAUGGCGGGACCAACGGUCCAUGCCGACCGUCUUUAACUUCGACUUCCGCCGGUCGAUCGACCCCAGCCAGCGGCAGCUCAACUACAUCGAGGUGGAGACAGAUGGGCGCAUAGGAGGAGGAGUGGGAGGCGGAGGAGGUGGUGCUGGCUCAGACUCCAGCAACCCACACACGCCCAAGACCCCCACCUCGCCGCUCCAACUGCCACACACGCCCACCCGCCGGACGGAGCUGUACGCCGUCAUCGACGUGGAGCGCACGGCCGCCAUGUCCAGCCUCCAGAAAGCACUGCCCCGCUACGACGGUACCUCCAGGAAAACACGCCACAACAGCGUGGACCUGCCCAUGUGAGAGGCCUCACGAACAUAGACACAGACCAGAGACGUCUUAAAGUGAGACACAAACACGUGCCUAUUUAAACGCCAUGAACUGGACGCCAGUUUUUUUUUUUUUUAUAUAUAUAUAUAUACAUAAACAGUCAGUACUUGGAACACCUCCGUACAUAUGGCACAGCAACCCACGCUAUCUGGUGCCCACUUAGAAGGGAACUCGAGGAGAACCCAGGUGCUUUGUCGUUCUACCAUUUAUUUUUAUUCCUAUGGUAAUAUAAUGCUACUAUUCUUACACUCAUUUUCCAGUGCCUGUGUAUUGGUUUUAUUAUGUUAAUAACAAGGUUGGACUACAUUCCCGGUCCGUCCCAUGUGGUACAGAUCAGUAUUACUGACCCAACAUUCCUCGUUUUCUUUCCAAAAUGAAAUGAGACCACAGGAUGUCUUCAUUUCAGUAUGUACGAAUAUCAUGGUACACUACAUUGUCAAUUUUCUGACUGCAUACGGUAGAUUCGUCUUGGCACAAUAAAAUGUUUAUUUUGUUCGA